ACACUGAAGCUCCGACAAUGCCCUGUCACACACUCCUGGAGCACACAUUAAAGACAGCAGAACUCUCUUCACGUUGUCCUUUCCCUCACUUACAGAGUAAAGCUCCAUCUACAUAGUCCCAAUAUCCCAGGUAAUCGUAGAGUGAAGCUCCCUCUAAUUGUCCUAUCUCACUCCUGGGACAUGGGUUAGAGACAGAGAGACCUUUCUCCACACAAUCCCAUUACACACUCCUGUGGUCAGACAGAGUGAAGCUCCCUCCACACUGUCUCAAGACACCCUCCCUCCACAUUGUUUCAUCACACAUUCCUGGGGUCAGACACAGAUUGAAGCUCCUUCAACAUCGACCCAUCACAUCUAACUCCAAGAGUCAAUGUCCCUCGCACCAUCACACCACACACUCCCGGGAUCAAAUGGAGUCACAGUCCCUCCACACCAUCACAUCACACACUCCGGGGGUCAGACGGAGUCACAGUCCCUCCACACCAUCACAUCACACACUCCGGGGGUCAGACGGAGUCACAGUCCCUCCACACCAUCACAUCACACACUCCGGGGGUCAGACGGAGUCAAUGUCCCUCCACACCAUCACAUCACACACUCCGGGGGUCAGAUGGAGUCACAGUCCCUCCACACCAUCCCAUCACACACUCUGGGGGUCAGACAGAGUCAAUGUCCCUCGCACCAUCACAUCACACACUCCGGGGGUCAGACAGAGUGAAUCUCCCUCCACACCAUCACAUCACACACUCCGGGGGUCAGACGGAGUCAAUGUCCCUCCACACCAUCACAUCACACACUCCGGGGGUCAGAGUCAAUGUCCCUCCACACCAUCACAUCACACACUCCGGGGGUCAGACGGAGUCAAUGUCCCUCCACACCAUCACAUCACACACUCCGGGGGUCAGACGGAGUCAAUGUCCCUCCACACCAUCACAUCACACACUCGGGGUCAGAUGGAGUCACAGUCCCUCCACACCAUCACAUCACACACUCUGGGGAUCAGACGGAGUCAAUGUCCCUCCACACCAUCACAUCACACACUCCGGGGGUCAGACGGAGUCAAUGUCCCUCCACACCAUCACAACACACACUCCGGGGGUCAGGCGGAGUCACAGUCCCUCCAGCAUCCCAUCACACACUCCUGGGGUCAGACGGAGUCAAUGUCCCUCCACACCAUCACAUCACACACUCUGGGGGUCAGACGGAGUCAAUGUCCCUCGCACCAUCACAUCACACACUCUGGGGGUCAGACAGAGUCAAUGUCCCUCGCACCAUCACAUCACACACUCCGGGGGUCAGAUGGAGUCACAGUCCCUCCACACCAUCACAUCACACACUCCGGGGGUCAGUCGGAGUCAAUGUCCCUCCACACCAUCACAUCACACACUCCGGGGGUCAGACGGAGUCACAGUCCCUCCACACCAUCACAACACACACUCCCGGGAUCAGACAGAGUCAAUGUCCCUCGCACCAUCACAUCACACACUCUGGAGUAGGAACAGCUCUGGCUGGUAGGCAUCUCCCAUCUGUGGUGUGCAGAAAGCUCUAGCGAGGGGAGCGGGAAACAGGGAAGUCCCACCUUUGGAAGCUGCUCCCAGGAGAAAGGAUUGGUGGUUUCUCUGUGAGGUGAGUGCACUUUGCAUUUGGACUGUCGGCAGUGGGGAGAGGGAGGAAGGUAGAGAAGGUUUGGUGGGGGGAUCUGCCUGAUUCUGGGGUGAGGAGGUAAUUUCUUGUCUCAGUGGAUACUAGGAACUCCCUAACUCUCAGUUACAGGCACCUCCCUCAGUGGAAGCUGUCCUGGUUAAGAACCCUUCCCCUGGAGAGCAGAACCAGAUGUCAAAGUUGUUUCAUGGGCUCCAUGAUCACCCACAUAUCAUCUAUUCCCAGCUGCCUCUCCCCUCAAUCUCUCCCUCAUCUUAUGAAGAGAAACUACUUGGGAAAUCUACAUUAUACCUGACUCAAGGCUUGACUGGAGCUGCCCAUGUUCGAGGCAUGGGUCAUUCUGAUCAUUAGUCAACCUGGGUGAUGCUCCCUAUUGGUCAACAUUUGGGUGGUGAUGUUCAUUAGUUCAAGCUAGUCAUCACUCAGGGGAUGCUGCCGAUUCGAGGUAGUUUAAUGUCAUUUGCAGUACACGUGUAAAAGAAUGAAAUAAAUUUGUUACCCUGGAUCUGAUGCAGAACAAUAAAAAGCAUAAUAAGAUUUUUAAAAAGCACAACAAUAAUAAAAAAAUACCAACUAUAAACACAUUGAUUGUUUGUCCAUAAAGUGACGUUGGGUACAAGAGUGCCUGUACAUAAACAGACUGUGACAGGAAAUGAUAAAGCUGUGAUGUGGAGGGGUGGGUUAGUGGGUGGAGUUGUUGAUCCGUCUUACUGCUUGAGGAAAGUAACUUUUGAGUCUGGUGGUCCUGACGUAGCCUGCUUCCUGAUGGAAGUGGGGCAAACAGUCCAUGAGCAGGGAGGGUUGUAUCCGUCACGCUACUGGCCCCCUCUGGUUACUGAACCAGUGGACAGGAGGAAAUCUGCAGAUGCUGGAAAUUCAAACAACAACACACACACAAAAUGCUGGUGGAACACAACAGGCCAGGCAGCAUCUAUAAGGAGAAGCUCCGUCGAUGUUUCGGGCCGA